GGUGGGCGGGGCUGCGUUGUACGUGUGGGCGCGUUUGUCCCGCCCCGGGGCGGGCAGUUGCCGUGGCAGCAGGUGAGUGACGUGCGUAGGGAAGCGGCGCCAUGGGCGGCUCGGCUAGUCUGAUACCGCGGGACCUGCUGGGCGAGUACCAGGAGCUGACGUUCCUGAGCAAGCAGGAGAUCUUGCUUGCCUACAAGAGGUUCAGUGAACUGCUGCCAAAGGAGGAGAGGGAGAGCGCCAUCUCCGCGCGGGUUCCCAAGAGCCACAUCCUGACGCUGCCUGAGCUGCGGGCAAACCCCUUCCAGCACCGGAUCUGCCAUGUGUUCUCAACCUCAGAGACCGGGGAUGACAGCAUGUCGUUUGAAGACUUCCUCGAUAUGCUGAGUGUCUUCAGCGAUUCCGCCACCUCUGACAUCAAAUCCCACUAUGCCUUCCGCAUCUUUGACUUUGAUGAAGAUGGGAUUCUAGACAGGAAGGACCUGGAGCAACUGGUGAACUGCCUGACAGGGCAGGGUGAGGAGUCCCGGCUGAGCAGCGCAGAGAUGGAGCAGCUCAUCCAAAAUAUCCUGGAGGAGUCCGACAUCGACAAGGACGGCACCAUCAACCUCUCUGAAUUCCAGCACGUUGUGUCCCGCUCCCCGGACUUUGCCAGCUCCUUCAAGAUUGUCCUGUGAGCCUUGUGGCUGUCCAGCAGCACUCCUCCAGUUCCUCCAGCACUCCUCCAGUUCCUGCAGCUCUUUGUAGGCUCAGCCAUUUCCUCUUUCAGGGAGCACAGGCCUGGCCCCUCAAUGGCCUGGCUGUGCUGAAAUGCCUUGGGCAGGAACCCUCCUGCUCCCCUCUCAGGUGCUUGCUUGGCAGCAGGGGGUCCCAGGAAUCUGCCUCUCCUGCAGCCCCUCUGCGCUCCUAGCACUGGAAUUUGAAUCCCUAUGCAUUCCAAGGGCAGCUCUGCAAGUGAGGGAGGAAGAACUGCUCUUGCCUGCACCAGCACCGCCCCUCUCUGCCCUCAGGACCAAUUCCUAUGUUGUGCCUUCCAGCAGCAGGCAGGGAGCUGCCUCCCCUGCCAGCCUCUUCCUGCCUCUCCUGUGUUUCUGGGAGCCUCCCUGCUGCCACACGGAUCCAUUUCUCUGAGCAAUAACGUGAACAUGGAUCCUCUGAGCAAUAACCAAAAUGUGGAUCAUUUUUCAUGACCAAUAACCCAAACGGGGGUGCUUUCUCUGAGCAGUCACUCAAGUGUCACUGUACAGGUGCCACCCCACAGCAGAGCUGUUCCCCACGGCUGUGCUCAGAGCCUGCUCUCCUCCUCCUCCUCCUCACUUUCUCUCUCCGCCCCUCUUCUGGCUCCAGCCCAGCAGCUGCUCUGCUGCCCUGGCCUCUUCCUCCCCCAGUCCUUGCGAGGACACAAUUAAAGGGCUCCGGUUUCACCCUU